AUGGCCAAGAAAGUAAAAGCUCCUGUUGUCGUGAAACCUACGUCCAGCAACAGCAGCGCGUCAUCAAACCUGAGCAGCAAGAAAUCGCCGCAGAAAAAGGUUGUAAUGGCCAAGAAGGGCGUUAAACCUGCUCCAAAGAAACCUGUUGACUCCGAUAGCUCAGAUUCGAGUUCAGACGAGGAAGAUGAUCGUGCUAAAGUAGUUGCUGCUGAGGUAUCGACUACCAAGAAAACAUCGACCUCUGACUCUUCAGAUUCUUCCUCUGACGACGAUGAUUCCAAGCCGGAUACAUUGACAAAAAAAGUGAGUUCCGAUUCAAGUUCGGAUUCUUCUUCAGACGAAGAAGAAGCACCUAAGACCAAAGUGACAGCGUCCAAGAAGGUGGAAACCAAGAAGGAGGGUUCGAAAAAAUCUCCUUCCACGAACGCAACGAAAAAAACCACAUCCGCCAAGGUAGCUGCUAAAAAAGAGAGUUCUGACUCCAGCUCGGACUCUUCAUCGGAAGAAGAGGAGGUCCCUAAGAAAACGGUGACGCCCACGAAAAAAGCCACGCCCACGAAUAAAGCCACGGCCACAAAAAAAGCCACACCCACGAAAACAGUUGCGCCCACAAAAAAAGCCACACCCACAAAGAAGGUUGUUGCCACGGCAGAGAGUUCUGAUUCCAGCUCGGAUUCCUCGUCGGACGAAGAAGAGCCCCCUGCCAAGAAGACCACAUCCACACAGAAGGUGGUUGGCAAGGAAGAAAGUUCUGGAUCGAGUUCUGACUCUUCGUCGGACGACGAUGAGGCUCCUGCGAAAAAGACCACUACCACGCAGCAGGUGGUCGCCAAAAAAGAGAGUACCGAAUCUAGCUCUGAUUCUUCGUCGGACGAAGAGGAGACUCCUGCAAAGAAGACCACACCCACGAAAAAGGUAGCAGCGACAAAGAAAAGCUCUGAGUCAAGCUCUGAUUCUUCAGAGGAGUCAUCUGAAGACGUGGAUGAUUCCAAAAAGCCACUCCCAGGUAGCUCAGUAGAUACAAAGAUGGAGGAUAGUGACAGCUCUUCAUCGUCCUCUUCUGAUGAAGAGGACACAAAGAAACCAUCUGCCAACAAGACUGCAGCAAAGAAAGAAGAAUCUUCGUCCUCGUCAAGUGAUUCCGACUCAUCAUCAGAGGAGGAUUCGACUCCUAUUGUCUCUAAAAAGCGUAAGAAUUCGGAUGUCGGUGAAAAAUCUAAUAAGGUCCAUAAGCAGGCAAAUGGUGAUGCUGCUGGUGUAACGAAUCCACAAAAGGCGCUUGAGAUUUUUAUUGCUGGUUUGCCGUGGUCUGCGACGGAGGAAGAGCUAAAAGAGCAUUUUGCUGGAUGUGGUGAGGUGACUGCCGCCCGUAUAGUAAUGCAAAAUGGUCGCUCUUCUGGUACUGCUUUCGUUACUUUUGCUACUGCUGAAGCUGCGGAAGCUGCUCUCACCAUGGAUGGUCAGGACUUUGGUGGCCGCUGGAUGAAAAUUCGUACGGCUGAAAAGAAGAAUAUGUUUGAUGAAAAGCCUGAGGGUUGCACGAGUGUUUUCAUCGGGAAUCUUUCUUGGGAUGUAGACGAAAACACAAUUCGUGAGACUUUUGGUGAGUGUGGAGAGAUUAUCAAUUGCCGUUUGGCUACAGACCGCGAGACUGGCGAGUUUCGUGGAUUUGGACACAUUGAUUUCGCCGAAACAGAAGCUGUUGAUGUAGCUGUAAAACUUGCGGGAUCAUACGUAAAUGGUCGUGCCAUUCGUGUUAACUUUGCAAAGUCACGCGAUAUGAACGGUGGUGGUGGCCGUGGAGGUUUUGGUGGACGCGGUGGUGGACGCGGUGGCCGAGGAGGACGUGGGGGUUUUGAUGGUGGCCGCGGUGGCCGUGGAGGUUUCGAUGGUGGCCGUGGUGGAGGCCGCGGCUUUGGUGGUCGAGGUGGGGGCCGUGGAGGUGGUCGUGGUCGUGGUGGGGGCCGUGGUGGACGUGGCGGACGUGGUGAUGGCCCACCAAAGCGUCAGCCGACUUCUAUUCAGAACUUCCAGGGUAAUAAGAAGACUUUUGACUAA